AUGAAUGUCUUUUAUGUUGGGUUUGUGGUUGAGAACCAAGGCCAAAAGGAUGUUCCAUCUAAACGUCAAAGCGAGUCGCGGAGCGAGGGAAACACGAAGAAACGCAAGACUAAGCGACACCAGUUUAAUGUCACUGAGAUUUUCUCGUCUACUGAGGACGAGGAAGACCAGAGUCACAAGGCGAACAAUCAUGAGUCUAUGACCCGUCAUAUUGCUGCUCAUCUACAGACCCUAAUGUUCCUGACAUUGCGAGUCAUUUCGAUGCAAAAGGGCCUAGGCUCAGAAGAUGAAGAUGCAGCUGAAAGUAACGCUGGUACAAACGAUGUCCAAGAUUAUCAAGUCUCACGCCAUCUGGACGAACCACCCUCUUUUGAAGAUGUAAACCAUCAGUCGGAGCUACCCUGGCUUCCUGCUGCAGAGACCUACUCUUUUCACUUUGAUACACAAGAACGUACCGUUGUCAGAUAUCCAACUCUCGUAUGUGAGAAUAUAAUCGAUACAUCUAUACAGCUCCCAGACUCUUCAACUGUUCAGGAAACAAUUAUUCGUCUCGAGGCCCUUUUAGCAACCACCGAACAAAAUCGAGGCUUUUAUGAUUCCUCAAUAUGGGCUUUGAAAUCAGCUCGCCAUCAAAAUCCGCCUAGAUCUUCUUAUGACGGCGGCAGCGACUCAAUUUCCCGAUGGCAAUGUGUGAGUUACUAA